UCUCGCGAUGACAACUAAGAUCAUUGGUGUGGAAAAGAAAGGAUUUGCAAAUGGAGGUGGCAGAAACGGUUAGUCUUUGAACGACAAAAGGUACAUAUAGCCAUGUCUGAUUCUCUAUAUGAGAAGUUUUUGGCCCCAGAGGAGCCUUUCCCUCUCCUCUCCCAGAGGGCCAACCUCAGUGAUGUGGGAACUCUGGACGUCAGUGACUUUGGCUGUCAACUCUCCUCUUGUCACAGGACAGAUCCUCUACACCGCUUCCACAGUAACAGAUGGAACCUUACUUCCUGUGGGACCAGUGUUGCCAGUUCGGAGUGCAGCGAGGAGCUCUUCUCCUCUGUGUCCGUGGGUGAUCAGGACGACUGUUACUCCCUCCUAGAUGACCAAGAACUAACAUCUCUGGACCUGUUUCCAGAGGGCAGUGUUUGCAGUGACGUCUCCUCUUCUAUCAGCACCUACUGGGACUGGUCUGACAGCGAGUUUGAGUGGCAGUUGCCGGGAAGUGACAUUGCCAGUGGCAGCGAUGUCCUGUCUGACAUCAUCCCGAGUGUGCCAAGUUCACCCUGUUUGUUUUCCAAGAGGAAGCCCAAGCCCCACCCUCAUCGCAACCUAGAUGAGCUGCCUUGGAGUGCCAUGACCAACGAUGAACAAGUGGAGUACAUCGAGUACUUGAGUCGGAAGGUCAGCACAGAGAUGGGUCUGAGAGAGCAGCUGGACAUCAUUAAGAUCAUCGACCCGUGUGCUCAGAUCUCUCCCACCGACAGCGAGUUCAUCAUAGAGCUCAACUGUCUCACCGAUGAGAAACUCAAACAGGUGCGUAACUACAUCAGAGAGCACAGCCCCAGGCAGCGAGCCAGCAGCACCAGAGAAGGCUGGAAGAGGAGCAGCCACAGCAGUGCCAGCACUGGUGGUGUCAGUGGAGCCAGCAGCAGUAACGCCAGCAUGGUUAGCUCUGCUAGCUCCUCCACUGGCUCUACAGCCUCCAACUCUGUAGCAGGUGGUACAGCUUCAGCCUGUAGUGGAAGCAGUGUUGCCAACAUUAGCAGAGCUCACAGUGAUGGCAACCUUUCCAGUGCUGCAGAGCGUAUACGAGACUCUAAAAAACGUUCGAAGCAGCGUAAGCUUCAGCAGAAAGCUCUCCGGAAACGGCAGCUGAAAGAGCAGCGUCAGGCCCGCAAGGAGCGUCUGAGUGGUCUGUUUCUGAACGAGGAGGUGCUGUCACUGCGGGUGACGGAGGAAGACGACCACGGUGACGACCUGGACAUACUGAUGUGACACCAGUGAAUCAAUCAGUGCUCCCUCUACGUCUGCUCUCUCACCACCCAGGCGCUACCAUAGAGCUUAUAGAUCGCGUUAAUCCAUAGGCCAAAACAGACCACUGUAUGCUUUAGCUUUGGCUAACAAGCUCAUAAUGCAUUUUGUAAGACAAAAGUCUGAUAGGCAGUACAGUAGUAGCUUCUAACAUAGCUCGACAUAUUGCUUGCUAAUACUAGUGUAACACUGCUAGUGCUAAAAAUGAAUCACUGCUAAGCUACCGACAGUAAUAGUGCUAAAAUACUGCUAACGCUUUGAUAGAUCCUGACCUCUGUCUAACCUGCUGCUGCAACAGCCUAGAAGCCUGCAGAUGCACAUAAUUAUAAACCACUUACAGUUAUUUCAGCUGAAUAUAAUCAACAUGAGGAUUGCUUAUAGAUGCUGUAACAGCAUAUAUCCACUGCUACUAAUACAGCCACCACUGGCAGAGAGACAGAUCAGGCAUCAGAAAGCAGAGUUUGGCCAAAUUAUACAGCUGCAAAUAGCAAAAAGUGUAUUUCUUCAUACCAUCACAGGGCAGCAUCGGCAGCGAUGGUGGAGAUUUUGAGCCAGGCUAAAAGCUGUUGUAAUUUUCACUGCUCACUGUUAAUGUCACUUUAUUAAGUUUUAAU